CGCGAACAAAGAAGCGCAGUUUCUCUAGCGAGUUUACAAUCAUUAACAGUUUUACACGCGAAAUGUAAAGAUGGUUGUUGUUCAACUAAGUUUAAUUUUGUGUGGAGUCCUGAUACCAGCUUGCUACGCAAAGGAUUACUGGUAUGCGGUGACACCCAAUGUGUUCCGCCUCAAUCACGAGGAAACGGUCGUAGUGGGAGUCCUUGGAAACACGGAAAAUAAAAAUGUUCAGAUCAAGUUACUUCUAGGUGACGUUAUAAUUGCUCAGGGGCAAGCUUAUGUUAAGGGUCAAGAUAACAGCGAUACGAUUACCAUGAAGGUGACGGCAGAAAACGUCAUUCAGUAUCAAGAAUUAGCCGGACCAAAGAAGAAGGACCAGAAACCAACCCAUGUUACAAUGGUGGCCGAUUUCCCGGAUGGCAGCCAGUCUUCAAGAGAAAUUGUCAUAGGUUACAAGUCUGGCUACCUGAUCGUACAGACGGACAAACCACUGUAUACGCCUAGGGAAGAUGUGAAUGUUCGUGUGCUUGCAAUGGAUGAAUCGUUAAAGCCAAUUCUAGAUCAAAAUGUCUACAUAGAUAUUCGAACACCAUCGUCUGAUGUCGCCGGUGGUGCAGAGGUGAUGACCGUGGACCGGAAGACCUUUACUGGCAGCAAGACCGGCUUUUACCGACACAAGUUCUCACUCCCCCCGUACCCACAAAUCGGUGAAUGGACCAUUAGAGCGUAUUUGCCAGGAAAGUACGAUACAGAAACAAUUGUUCCAUUCGAAGUGAAAGAAUUCGUUUUGCCAACGUUUGGAGUGAAAAUAACGAGUAGCGACGAAUACAUUCUGGAGGACAUGGAAGAGGUUAAAGUGAAGAUUGACGCUACAUAUGUGUACGGUAAGAAGGUACAGGGAUCUGCGGGACUGCAGUUCAGCAUUGUGGAAGAUAACGGAGCCAAGAAUGAAGUCUUCACUAAAACUCGAAAUGAUCUAAUCAACGGCUUGACUGAAUUUACUAUCGACGUGGGUGACCUAAUAGAUGCACGCGGAGGAGGUUUUCCAGAAAAUGCACGCCUGCUCCUUGAGGCUGACGUCAUUGAGGAUGCUACUGGGAAAGAAGAGAAAUCAUCAGAGGAUUUCCUUGUAUUCACAAAGAGUCCCUUCCGCUUUGAUCUUUCAAGGUCAAAGAACACGUAUAGACCUGGCAUGAGUUAUUAUUUAAAGAUUGACAUGACCUUCGUUAAUGGGCGAACAGCAGCCAAACAGAGAAUAAAGAUUCGUUAUUACGAGGAAAACGAAGAAAAACAAAUGGCUAAAGAUGAGUAUAUCACAAAUGACAAAGGACAACUUAUGGAACCUGUUUCAACAGGAAAUCACCAACAACAAUUGCACUUUCAUGUACACCCCAUAGAUUACCCUGGAGAGGCUACCGAUUUUCACGUCAAACCUUACAACGGCAACAACCAAAUGGUCGUUGAAAAAGUGGAAAGGGACAAUGCGCCGUUUAUCCGAGCUUACACAAACAUGAAUCCUGUCAAUCAAUUUACAGGAAUUAUGAUGAUGAUUGUUUCACGUGGAGAAAUUGUGUACAACAAAUUCAAUGUACCAACGAAUGAAAUCAACAUGCGAAUGGAAAAUGACAUUCCUCAGAAGAUUUCUCCUGGGGCCAGAUUGCUCGCCUUUUAUGUUGACACAAAUGGAGAUGCAAUAGUUGCUGACUCGACAAAGUUUGCAGUUGACCCUAUGUGCAGGGGUGAACCGCUUACGUUGAAAACUGAAGAAACAACGUUAGAUCCCGGCGCAACUGGUAAACUAACGGUGACCGGACCGAGUGACAUGUGGGUCGGGUUUAACAUUAUGGACAAAGCUUUGUUAUUGCUUAACAGCGACAACAUUCUCAAGCACGAUACGAUAUUCCAAGCCUUGGAUUCCCAUGACCUUGGCUGUGGAGCUGGGAGCGGCAUGAACGCCGAAGAAAUUUUCAAGAAUGCAGGAUUAACGAUAUUGACAAAUGCAAAUGCAGAUCAAGCAGCUCUGAGACGAACUAGUGAACACUGUGACAAAGCGAAAAGAAGACGUCGAAGGAGUGCUUCUCCUUUAAAAUGCCAUCCCAAGAUGCACAACUGUUGCGAGAUCGGCGAGUUGCUUGCUGAUGGUUUGCUUGAGUGGAAGGAUAAUCAACUUGAUCAUAGGAAUAUCGUGGUCGAUCUAAACCCUCGGGAGGACUGUAUGGCCAAGGCAAUGGCUAUACGCAGAAAAAAACACAUAACACAUGAAUGCAUUACUUCGAUAUACAAGUUUUGUUUGGAAAAACUCGCUUCAGAGCUUAGAGACCAAGGCCUGGAGGGCAGAUCUAUAUUCGCUGAUGAUGAGCAGUACAAAAAAGAUGUUAACGCACUCAUUGAACUAGGCAGCUUUUUAACGAAAAGAUCGAAUUUUGAGACUUCCUUUUUCUUUGAGGAACACCAACUAUCACAGGGCGGACCUUUGAAAAGGAGUGUCAAAUUCAGAGAUUCCAUCACGGAAUGGAGUGUUCAAGCCAUCGGUUUAUCCGCAACUGAAGGGGCCUGCAUUGCUGAAUCAGUCGACGUGAAGACCUUCAAAAAAUUCUUCAUCCAACUUGAUCUACCCUACAAAGCUACUCGAUUUGAACGUUUCAACAUUAAAGCGACCGUAUUCAACUAUAACGACCAGAGGCAAAGAGCCAGUGUGUAUCUUAAAGGAGCUGACGGCCUCUGCUAUGGCACUUCUCCUGGGAAAAACUCACCGCGAACACUUGUUGAACUGGAGCCCAACAGCGCCAAGACCUUGUCAUUUUCGGUCAUACCGUUGGUAGCUGGGGACAUUCCUGUUACGGUUUCAGCGUUUGUAAGCUCAAACACAUCAGGAAAGGCCGAUGUUAUCGAAAAGAAGCUUCAUGUUGUGAAUGAGGGCAUCAUGGAAACGAAACAAAUCCACGUUUGUUUGGACCCUAACAACCAAAUGGAGGCUUGUAGGAACUCGCCACAAGUGACUGCAAACGAUCCGGUGCACGGCGACAGACCAGCACGCACCUACAAUUUGGAUCUGGCAUUACCAAAAACUGCUUUGACUGGAACAGGCUCGGCAACGGCCUAUGUUGAAAGUAAUAUUAUGGACGCUGUAGUCGCAACAUUACUUGACGGUGUGGAUAAAAUGUUCACGGAGCCAAAAUAUUGUGGAGAACAAACAAUGAUAAUGACAGCACCAAUCGUUUACGGGAUGCAUUAUCUCAAACAGACAGGACAAGAAACCGCUGAAAAUGAACAACAGGGAACAGCAUGGAUAAAAAUAGGUAUAUCUCGAGAAAUAUCGGAAUUCCAGAAGAUCGACGGAUCUUACGGGGCAUGGCAACACUGGCCAACAAGUUUGUGGUUGACGGCAUUUGUUGCCAAAGUUUUCUGCCAAGCCGAAAAGGUAGUUGAUGGGGUCGUGGUUAAGGAAAGUUUACAAAGAACCCUGAACUAUAUCGCCAAUAACCAAAAAGGAACAGGAUACUUUGUGGAUAACAACCCAGUUAUUCAUAAAGAAAUGCAGGGCGUCCUUGGCCAAGGUGACCGAAAGGAAGAUCCCUCGUUGACAUCAUUUGUGUUGAUUGCACUACAAGAGUGUCCAGAAAGGACUGAGCCGGUUCAGGAUGCUGUUUCAAAUGCCCAGAGCUAUCUGGAGGUUUUGCCAGCCGGAAACUUUCAGAACAAAUACUUGCUAGCCAUCACAACGUAUGCCCUUGCUCUAAGUAACAGUAAACACAAAGGAACUUUCAAGAACUUAUUGUUGGAAGCUGUCACAGAAAGAGAAAAUAUGAUGUACUGGUCCGACCAUGACGGUAACGAAGCUACGGCCGCUGAUGUUGAAACUACUGCAUAUGCUUUGCUAGCUUUCCUCAAGUUUGAUGAUAUUCGAACAAGUGGGAAAAUUGUGACAUGGUUAACGGGGCAGAGGAAAGCCAUUGGUGUUUGGUACACGACUCAGGACACCGUUGUUGCCCUUCAAGCACUUGCGGAGUACAGCGUGCGAACCUACAACCGAGAAGUGAACUUGGACAUUGAAAUCCGGAAUGAUCAAACUUUACAUAAGGUUUCUGUAACAAACGACAACGCUUUACUUCAAAAAGUCAUCCCUGAGCUUCUGGUUAAGGGAACAAACAACCAAUUCAAGGUCACUGUUAGUGGCAGCGGGACGGCUAGAAUGAACAUUGAGCUUCGCUGGAACAGGAAAGCGCUGCCAAAUGAGAAAUGUUAUUUUGAUGUAUCGCCAAUAGAAAUCAACGAGGUGAAUCCGGCAUUUGCUGGAUCUUCUAAAGAUAGGUUCCUAAUUAAAGAUCAGCCAUGCAAUGUGUGUGGACGAUGCCCUGGUGACGACAUAGACAAUGAAAACGAAGGUAUCGACUAUAAUGACGUCGAUGAUGCAAUACAUAAUCGGCGUAAGAAACGAGAGGCAGACGUAGAAACACCUCAAAAAUGUGUUACAUUUGAGGUCAAAACCGUCGAUGAUGAUAAGUCGCUUAUGUCCAUCGUGAAAGUAAACCUAGAAACUGAUGUUAAAGCAAUUGAAGACGACUUUAAAGAGCUGAUGACGAAUGGAGUCAUCGAUAGAUAUGAGAUGCCGGAAGACGGAAAGAGUUUCGUUAUUUUCUAUAUUAAUGAGAUCAGUCAGGUCCCAAGGAAGUUCAUAUUUAGACUGGAAGAUAAUUUUCAAGGUAGUACCGUAUCACGACAGCCUGCGACAGUCGUUGUUUACGACUACUACAAACCAGAAAAGAAGUGCAUAAAACCCUAUGGCAUAGGUGAUAAUCACGGACAGGAGGUUGGCUUCAGGUGUGAUGAAAACAAUGACCAGUGCGAAUGUCUGCAAAGCCAGUGUUCAUCUCCUGUUGAUGAGGAACUGUUCGAUUACACUGUCAAGUUUAGCAAACUUUCUAGGGAUAAAAAGGCGCAAACGACGAAACCAACUGACAUGGUCGCAAAUUAUGCAUGCAACUUGGAAAAGGCGAAUUUCGUAUACAAGGUCACGAUUGAAGAGACUACUUUUGAUGCAAAAGUAAAUAUGAGAUAUGCUACAGCAGUCAUAGACAGUGUCAUCCUUGCAGGAAAAGAGAAUCAAAAUCCAGAUGACGAAAUUACACUCGAGUGGAAACUGAUGUGCAAGCACCCAGAUCUGAAAGUGGGGAAAACUUAUUAUAUUGUCGGAAAAGACCCUACAAUCUACAAUGGGGACAACAACGCUAAAGAGCCUCGUUAUGAACUAAUGGGCACGACGUUAGUAAUUGAUCCCAGCUUCAAGCCGAUACUGAGAACGGUGAUGAACAGAUUUGAAAAUCAAAUGGCGGACAACCAGGGCUGUCAAGAUUAAUGGAUAGAACCGUUAUGGUUUUCUGUAAAAUUGCAAAUACCAAAUGUGUUUUAAUGACUUGUAACUGCAAUAUGUGUAUGACGUAUAUUGACGAAACAUGAAAUGCGUAAUGCUGGUUUAAAUGUGACAUUGACAGGUAUUUAACACCAGUUUUAUUUUACACCAUUCUGUCAUGUUAUGUCAAAUAACUUGUCAAUGGGUUGUCAGGUGACCCUUUUGUCACUUUUUUGUCACAUCACUUAAGGCAACGGCGUGUGUCGUUGUUCUGUAGCAUGUUAUAUAGCAUUGGAAAACGUCCUCGACACUUCUGUGACAUUUUACUCAAAGCAGCCACAUACUGUUGGGUAAAACGCCAAUGAAGAUGUUUAACAUUUAAACGAACUGUACAGAUUUGUUAUGCAUGUUCAUUGUUCAGUAACAUACAUUUAUUUUUAGAUUGGAUACCUUAUCCAUAAUAAACUAUAAUCCAUUA